AUGCAGCGAUUGACCUUCAAAUAAAAAUUCUCUUUGCAAUUUGUAUAGAGCUCUUUUUCAAUUUGUAUUUCUCUUAGAGUAACCCCAAUUUGCCGGUCUCUUCCACAAUUCGGUGUGCACAACUAGCUAAUACAAAGUAAUAUCUACCCACAUAAUAUAUAUAUUUUGUUUGUACGUGUCCAUUAAUAUUUCUUCAAUUUAUUGCUCGAACUUGUACAUAAUCAUCGAUUAUUGACGUAUACGGUGAGCAUUAUUGAACUUAUCCACCAGCGACCAAAAAACAAGAAAAAAAAAAACAGUGUCGCAAGGUUGGAAACCCAUUAUUACACUUUUAAAUUUCAGCGAUUAUGCUUUGAAUUAUAAUACCAACAAUAACAACAAUAAUGUGUGGCGUCCACGGUAUGAUGCGAGGAGGCAGGGAGACGCGGUCAAUGCACAUUGAAAAAAGUCUCACGUGCUGCUGCGUAGGCCAAUAGAUAUACCAACGACAUGAGCCAACGUUGUCAGACAUCGAACCUCAAGCAAAAACAAAGCCAAAUAAAUGCUGGCUUCACUGAAACUAGGCCCAAGUCAAUGCAUGGGUUCAAGAACUUUGAAAAUUCCCACCACUCAUGUACGACAAACUAACACAUGUUCAGUCCCAAGUAGGAAGAAGUAUUUCAAUAACAUUUGCUCCACAAACCUAUUGCCGAGGCUCGUAAAUUAAAAUUCUCCAUAAGAACUGUCAUAAAAUAACAGCCGGAAAAGAACUUCCGCCAGUUUGUAUAUAAGAACAGAAUAUCUGUCGGAUAUCAGUGUACUUAUCAAUCGAACAGAAAACGGAAAACAUCCUUAACUCUUGUUUCCGGGUAUUUUGAAAAAAAAAUUUAAAAAAAAAAUGUUGAAGAAAUUUUUGAUUGUUUUUCUUGCUGUGGCAAUCGGAUGUGCAGCCGCUGAUCCCAUACGUCAAAAACCUCUAAGAAGACGGGUGUCAGCACGCCAAGAAGUGGCACCACCAACACCAGCACCCACCGGUUAUCCACCAGCCGGGGUUACACCUGAAGUACCAUUUGAAUUGCCUACCGAGACCCAAACACCCGAUGAAGUUUAUGGUCCACCAGAAGCACCUGAGCCACAGCCCGAUGAAGUUUAUGGCCCACCAGAAGCAACUGAACCCCAACCCGAUGAAGUUUAUGGUCCACCAGAAGCAGUUGAACCCCAACAACAACCCGAAGAACCUCAGCCCGACGCAGUUUAUGGUCCACCAGAAACUGAAACAACAUCCACCACCGAGGUUGCUGAAGAAUUUCCCCAGGAAACAGAAGAAGUAGUUCCUGUCGAAGAAGAGUUGGAAGAAGAAGCAGAAGCUGAAGCUGAAGAUGUUGAUGAAGUAGAGGAAGAAGUUUUACUUAGUGACGACGGUUCCGUCAUUGCCGUUUCCACUACUUUUGAUCAGAAACCCGCCCGUCUGGUCUAUCAACGUUUCCCCCAAAGACGUCAACCACCCACAUCGGUACCAGCCCGUUUGAGAGUGGCUAAGAUCCGUCAACCCAGUGCCAUUGUUUACACAACCAGAUACCAAAGAUUGUAAGGACCAGAGUUUCCUUGCAUUGACAUGUACUUAGGGAUAUUUUUUAU